CUCUCUCUCUCUCUCUCUCUCUCUCUCUCUCACACACACUCUCAGUUGUUCUGUGCAGAUGGAGAGUACAACUCCAUGGCAACAAUCUUCUUCAACACUCCUGAGAUAAGCGUCCGCAGCCUCUUCCACACACAAGCAGGGACCUACAAUCCGUUGACCCUGGGUUUGUUCACCAUCACUUAUUUCUUCCUGGCGUGUUGGACGUACGGCCUGGCGGUGUCUGCGGGGGUCUUCAUCCCCGCUCUGCUGAUAGGAGCCGCCUGGGGGAGACUGUUCGGCAUCCUGCUGGCCUCCAUCACCCCCAAUGGCUCGGUGAGUGCAUAUUUAUGAUUCUUCACUCUGUAG